AUGAAGUCCAGGAGACCAACUUCUUUCACAAGGGAAACAGCAGCUACAGAGCCAAGUUCUACCUCAGUAUCUAGGCCAGAAUGGAAACCUGAGACACAGGAGAGGCCUAUAAUCAAGCCAGAUCCUGGCCCAGAAACAACCCUCACAGACCACCCAAGAACAAAGAUGCUGCAAGGAUUUGGUACCCCACAGAAACAAAGUCUCCCAAACGAGCCCACUGCCCAGCAAGAAGCUGAAUUCCAGCCGGAACAGGGAGUUCAACCAUCUGCUCUGUUCCAGAAAUUUCUCACCCCGUUAGCCUUCCCUGCACCACAGCAAUCAUCCCCAAGCCAGAGAGUGCACUCGGAUCGACAGGAAGCCACCUCGCAUAACGGACCUGGGGUGGGGAAAGUGUAUACAACUCAAAAGGAACCACAACUCCGAGAAGAACAUGUGGGGAUGACAGAAUCCGGAGCAGCAGAACCACCUCUGGCUACAGAAGUAGAGGCUACAUCUAUAGCCCAGGCUGUACCUGGACCGCACAAGAAACUCCCUACCCAAAUUGACUUGGUAUCCCAAGAGAGACCUGAGCAGUCAGACCCUACAGCCAAGCAAACAUCUCUAAUCCAAGGAGUCAAAUCUGAGCAGGGAUCUUUGACCGAGUCAGGGUUUUUAACAAGACUGCACGAACUAUCCAUACAGCGGUCAUCCCAAGAGUGGAAGACAUUUUUUGAUUGUGUUACAGAGUCUGACACAGAGAAACACCUGAGUUCAUCCUCAAAGUCAAAUCUUCCAGAGUCAAGUUGUGGAACAGUGAUCCCGGAAAUGCCACUGCUCUCCAAAAGGAAGCCUGAUUUUGAAAAGAUGUCAGGAUAUGGCGGGAAAUUACCACAGGGGAAGAAAGCCAUCCUGCAGAAACACAAACACUACUGGGACACAGCCUCAGCGUUCUCACACAGCAUGGAUUUACGCACAAUGACACAAUCUCUGGUGACACUCGCAGAAGACAAUAUGGCCUUCUUCUCAAGCCAGGGCCCAGGAGAGACAGCGCGGCGGCUGUCCAAUGUCUUUGCAGGUGUUCGGGAGCAGGCACUGGGGCUAGAACCAACCCUAGGCCAGCUGUUGGGUGUGGCACACCAUUUUGACCUGGACACAGAGACACCAGCCAACGGAUACCGUAGCUUGGUGCACACGGCUCAUUGCUGCCUGGCCCACCUACUCCACAAAUCCCGCUACGUGGCCUCUAACCGCAGGAGUAUCUUCUUCCGUGCCAGCCACAACCUAGCAGAGCUGGAGGCCUACCUGGCUGCCCUCACCCAGCUCCGUGCGCUGGCCUACUACGCCCAGCGCCUGCUGACCAUCAACCGACCAGGAGUUCUCUUCUUUGAGGGUGACGAAGGAUUCACUGCAGACUUCCUGCAAGAGUACGUCACGCUACAUAAAGGCUGCUUCUAUGGCCGCUGCCUGGGCUUCCAGUUCACACCCGCCAUCCGGCCGUUCCUGCAGACUCUCUCCAUCGGGCUGGUGUCCUUCGGGGAACACUACAAACGCAACGAGACGGGCCUCAGUGUGACCGCCAGUUCCCUGUUUACCGGUGGCCGGUUCGCAAUCGACCCGGAGCUGCGGGGGGCUGAGUUUGAGCGCAUCAUACAGAACCUGGAUGUGCACUUCUGGAAAGCCUUCUGGAACAUCACUGAGAUCGAGGUGCUAUCGUCUCUGGCCAACAUGGCGUCAACCACUGUGAGGGUAAGCCGCCUGCUUAGCUUGCCACCUGAGGCCUUUGAGAUGCCACUAACCUCUGACCCCAGGCUCACAGUUACCAUCUCACCUCCCUUGGCACACACGGGACCGGGGCCUGUGCUAGCCAGGCUCAUCUCCUAUGACCUGCGGGAAGGACAGGACAGCAAGAUGCUCAACAGCCUGGCCAAGUCUGAGGGCUCACGCCUGGAGCUGCGUCCACGGCCUCAACAAGCACCCCGUUCGCGGGCCCUGGUCAUCCACAUCCACGGUGGCGGCUUUGUGGCACAGACCUCCAAAUCCCAUGAGCCCUACCUCAAGAACUGGGCCCAGGAGCUAGGUGUUCCCAUCAUCUCCAUUGACUACUCCCUGGCCCCUGAGGCGCCCUUCCCCCGAGCACUGGAGGAGUGUUUUUUUGCCUACUGCUGGGCUGUCAAGAACUGUGACCUGCUUGGUUCAACCGGAGAACGGAUAUGCCUUGCAGGUGACAGCGCAGGUGGGAAUCUCUGCAUCACCGUAUCCCUCCGGGCAGCAGCCUAUGGAGUGAGGGUCCCAGAUGGCAUCAUGGCAGCCUAUCCAGUUACCACCCUGCAAUCCUCUGCUUCUCCCUCUCGUCUGCUGAGCCUCAUGGAUCCUCUUCUACCACUGAGCGUACUCUCCAAGUGUGUCAGUGCCUAUUCAGGGACAGAGGCAGAGGACCACUUUGACUCAGACCAGAAGGCACUGGGCGUGAUGGGGCUGGUGCAGAGAGACACUUCCCUGUUCCUCAGAGACCUCCGCCUGGGUGCCUCUUCGUGGCUCAACUCCUUCCUGGAGCUAGGUGGACGCAAGCCCCAAAAGACCUCAUUGCCCACAGCAGAGUCAGUGCGCCCCACGGAGUCUGUGCGCCCCACUGAGUCUAUGCGCAGGAGUGUGUCUGAGGCAGCCCUGGCCCAGCCCGAGGACUUGCUGGGCACAGAUACCCUGAAGAAGCUGACGUUAAAAGACUUGAGCUUUAAGGGCAACUCAGAGUCUUCGGACACCCCUGAAAUGUCACAGUCAAUGGAGACACUUGGCCCCUCCAAACCCUCCGAUGUCAACUUUUUUCUGCGGCCUGAGAAUUCCCAGGAAGAGUCUGAAGCCAAAGAUGAAGUGAGCCCCAUGGACAGAGUGCCCCGCGUGCGCGCUGCCUUCCCUGAGGGGUUCCAUCCCCGGCGCUCAAGCCAAGGUGUCCUCCACAUGCCCCUCUACUCGGCACCCAUAGUCAAGAACCCCUUCAUGUCUCCUCUGCUGGCCCCUGACAACAUGCUGAAGACCCUGCCGCCUGUGCACAUUGUGGCGUGCGCUCUGGACCCCAUGCUGGAUGACUCGGUCAUGUUCGCGCGACGACUGCGCGACCUGGGCCAGCCCGUGACGCUGAAAGUGGUCGAGGACCUGCCGCAUGGCUUCCUGAGCCUGGCGGCCCUGUGUCGCGAGACCCGGCAGGCCACGGAGUUGUGCGUGCAGCGCAUCCGGCUGAUCCUCACCCCGCCUGCUGCACCGCUGAUCUGAGCUGGGGACGGCGGGGGGCGGCACUAAAGACCUCUUACUCCCA